CAGGUCCCACAUAAAUCAGUCAUUUAAACAAGGCGGUUUGGUGUGGGCGGCACAUUUUCGAACUGGCAACACAAACUCAGAAGCUGUCAGUCUCACGGGGCUCAGGUUAAGAAACGGAACAAAGAUGGCGACUACCUAUGAGCGAUACAAUCUGCACACUACUCCAGAGAAGUUUUUCAUUGAGGCUUGUGAUGAAGGGGCUGAUGCUGUCCUGGCAAUAGACAGGGUCUCAAAUGAAAUGACCCUCACAAGUAAAAAGGAUAUCCCUUCCUCGGCAGUGACCAGGCCUAUCUGUGGCAUCAUGGGAACCAUUCGCCUAGUUGCUGGGAUGUACCUAAUCGUCAUCACCAGGAAGAGGAAUGUGGGCAGCCUCCUGGGUCAUGCAGUAUGGAAAGCAGUGGAUUUUGAUAUCAUCUCUUACAAGAAGACAGUGUUGCAUUUAUCAGAGAUCCAGUCUCAGGAGAAUAAGACCUUCCUGUCCAUGCUUAACAAUGUGCUGACUACAGACGGUUUCUACUUUAGCACCGACUACGACCUGACACACACCCUACAGCGGCUGGCCAACACCAGCCCUGACUUCCAGGAGAUGAGCCUGCUGGAAAGGGCUGAUCAGAGAUUUGUGUGGAAUGCAAAUCUCCUCCGAGAGUUGGCAGCACAGCCAGAGCUCCAUAGGUUUGCACUACCGGUGGUACAUGGCUUUAUUGUUAUGAAACCAUGUCGUAUAAAUGGGAAGAUCUUUGAAUGGAUCCUUAUAUCCCGGAGAAGCUGCUUCCGGGCUGGUGUCAGAUACUUUGUCAGAGGCAUUGACUCUGAAGGCCAUGCUGCCAACUUCGUGGAAACUGAACAGAUAGUAUUGUAUGAGGGAGCCAAGGCAUCCUUUGUACAGUCACGAGGUUCUAUGCCCUUUUACUGGAGUCAAAGGCCCAACCUUAAAUAUAAACCUAAACCCAUCAUCAGCAAAACAACCAGUCAUAUGGAUGGUUUCCAGAGGCAUUUUGACUCUCAACUCCUCAUCUAUGGGAAACAAACCAUUCUUAAUCUGGUAAAUCAGAAGGGUUCUGAAAAGCCACUUGAACAGGCAUUUGCCAAGAUGGUAUCCGGUAUGAACAACGGUAUGAUCAAUUACAUAGCCUUCGACUUCCACAAAGAGUGCAGCCACAUGAGAUGGGAUCGUCUCCAAAUCUUGGUGGAAGCGGUUGCUGAGACACAAGAUGAAUACGGUUACUUCAUGGUGAACUCAGAAGGAAAAGCGCUUGUCCAGCAGAAAGGAGUCUUCCGCAGUAACUGUAUGGACUGCUUGGACAGAACCAAUGUCAUCCAGAGUCUAUUGGCGCGACGCUCUUUACAGUCUCAGCUCCAGAGAAUGGGGGUUCUCAACGUAGGACAGCGACUUGAAGAACAAGCUGACUUUGAAAAGAUCUACAAAAACGCAUGGGCUGACAAUGCCAAUGCAUGUGCUGUACAGUAUGCAGGAACUGGAGCAUUGAAAACAGAUUUCACAAGGACAGGCAAGAGAACACGCUGGGGAUUAUUGAUGGAUGGUUGGAACUCCGUGAUACGCUACUACAAAAACAACUUCUCUGAUGGAUUCAGACAAGAUUCAAUUGACUUGUUUCUGGGUAAUUUUGCCCUUGAUGAAUCAGACGGCCCCAGUCCUCUUCGGGUACAGAAGGACUGGAAGUUUCUCACGCUCCCCAUCAUCAUGUUGGUGGCAUUCUCCAUGUGCAUCGUAUGCCUUCUGAUGUCUGGUGACACAUGGACAGAGACCUUUGCUUAUGUGAUGUUCUGGGGGGUUUGCAGCGCCAUUACAGCCACCAUCAUCUUGUUUAACGGACAAGACUUUGUGGAUGCACCCAAACUUGUUCACAAAGAGAAGAUGGACUGAGUGGGUUUUGCCUGCACCCACACCCACAUACCUCAACACUGCCAUUCUUCUUCCCUUCCAUGGCAGUCCAGUCCAGUCCAGUCCAGUCCAGUCAAGUCCAGUCUGGAGUCUGCUGUGUCCAUGCCCUCUCCAAAAGGCAAAGGUUUAUUUUAUCAGUCAUCACACAUCACUCCACAACCCAUUCCCUUCUGCUGAUGACUUUGGAGUAUAAUAUCCAGAAAGAUUUACUUGUGCUGUCACUGAUUGGAAGUAUUAACCAGUUGUCAAACAUGUUUCCUUGGAAGAGAAGGAAACCACACUGACAACUGAUUUGAUAUCAAUAAGGUCAAAAGUCAUGUCAGGGUUUGCUUUUAGUCAGUGCACCACUUGUUCUGCCUAUCAAAAUACAUUUCCACACUCUGUCAACCUUUCCAGCUUCCUAUUUUCCUCACACUACAUCUUUUUUUGGAUUCUUACAAUUUCUGUAUGCUCAAAUCUAACACACUGAUCCAUUCAGAACUUCUUUUUGCUCGUUCCAUCUUUUGCUUCUCGAGACACUUAAUAAGAGUGAAUCAUGUUCAGAAACUGUUCCAUUCCCGUCAUAGUAUGCUUAUUUUAUACUUCAAUAGUUUAUUCCGUCAUAUUUAAAUGUCCAAAUACGGCCCAAAUUAUUGGUAAUUGAUCAAUAAUUGAUAAUUAAUUUAUGGGCUGACUUUGCAGUCUUACGGAUAGACAUGCUGCCCUAAAGAAACAACUGUAAGGCAAGUUCAAAGAUUGUCAAGUCUGUUUAUUAAUGAUGAUAAUUACUGUAAUAUCUGAUUGAAAGUUGCAAUAUUGCUUUAGAGGUUUCAUGCACAUAACUAAAUGUAAAAUUGGUUUCAUUCUCCAGAUGAGCUUUAUACAGUAAUCCCUCGCCCCGUCACACUGUCAAUUUACUCUAUCACAGUUCUCAAAAAUAUAUUCAUGAAUAAAUCAUGUUGUUUCGUGGUUGAAUACGGCCUAUUAUUAGUCAAACAACAUAUCUUUGCAAAUGUUACAUUGAGCGAAAUGAAGCAUUUUCAGCAUAAAAAUGGCUGAAUGAAGUAAAAUACAAAUAUAAGGCAUUCAAAAGACACAUUCAAAGACACUGUGAUGAUAUGUAGUAUUCUUCACUGGUCAAUAGGCGUCAUAUUACUGCAAAGUUGGGUGAGACGCAUAAGUACCAGACUUGAUAGGUGGAACAACAGCUUUUCUUGCAGGUUUGAAUGAUCUCACAACAGACACGGUAAUCCCAAACACGGGCUACUGUUGCUGCCAUAACCCACUCCAAGCUAAAACUUGACACUGAACCCCCGAUGUCACUUCCUGUCCCCCCCACUCACCUACUCUAGCACCGGAACAUACUGUACUUAUAGUUGUAAAUGUCUUAUUUUCUUUCUCUUGGGUAACAGGAGCGUAAAGGUGACUGUAGGGGUGUUAUUUCAUGUCUAGAGGGCUCUAAUAAUGUUAAAGACCAUAUUUACAAGGUCAUAAACUGGUUUUCUAUGCUCUAACUACCAAAAUAUUCUAUUUAUCAAUAAGGAAUCCUACAUAGAGGACUUAUCAUGGUCGGGUCUGGAACCAAAUUACUGCUAUAAUCGAGGGAUUACUGUAUUCUGUUUGUCAAUUCAUAAUUGUUUUAUGGGCUAUGAAAGCACUUCUCUUCCUCUCACUGUGAGAUGAUCUGCAAAAGCUGUACUGCUGCAUUUGUUAUGUACAAAGCCAUUAUUGUUUUUUUAAAAGCUGAGCUAGUAAUCAGUAGGACUCUCAGAUGGAUGCUGUGCAGUGCAACAUCAGUGUAAAUGUAUUACUUUAUAAUGGGAUGAAGCGCACAAGGUCAUAUAUGGGUCAUUCUCCUGUAAGGGGACCGAAGAGAGGGUGCCGUCACUUGGAGGAGCAUGAUGCACCGACUACAGUGAUUUGCAGCUAUAACCAAAUAAAAAAUAUACUACAAACACAUUGAAUAAACAGUGAACAGUAUGGAAUACUUUGUGUCUGCUGUUUAUAAAACACAAUCUGAUGUCAAUUUCAGCCCAUUUGUGCAUCGCCAUUUUGUGACAUGCACAAGUGCAUCACAACGACGAUGAAAUAAAUACUAAACGGUGGAAUUACGUUUCAGCUGUUCUGAUUUCCCAAGUAUAACACGUCAUUGUGCACCAAACGUAUUUUGCUGCAUUCCAUUGCUGCACUUUGACCCAAAUCCCACAAAACGUGUGCACGUCACAAACGUAACCAGCAAAGUCCCCAUAUAGCGUAGCUACAUUUGAAUCGAGGAAGUGGAUAUGCAAAUGAUCUGAUGUCUGCAUUGACACACAGUCAACUUUAGGGUAUUUGCGGGGUAUUUAUUUGGUUUUUCAUCGACAAUUGAGAUCAUAAAAGUGACACAUUCAAAAUCAGAAAUAUGGUGUAAUGUCCAUGAUACGUGUUACGAUUUUCAUCACGUUUCCGUGGAAGGUGAAGUCUAUUACGCACAAAGUCUGAAGCACGGUCCAUCCACUAGCUCUGUGUUACGUGCAAGAAACAUCACCAUUACGUCACGACGAGGUCAGCACAACAACACUGAAAAAGAUAAGCUGUGGAAAAAGCCUCACCAUCAUAAAUUGUAAUAGAGUGCACAAUAUAAUUUUUCCAUGAAGCACGUCCAUCCACCCAUCCAUCCAUUUUCUAUGCCACUUCUCCUCAGGCGGGGUACACCCUGGACUGGUCGCCAGCCAAUCACAGGGCACAUAUAGACAAACAACCAUUCACACUCACAUUCAUACCUAUGGACAAUUUAGAGUCACCAAUUAACCUAACAUGCAUGUUUUUGGAAUGUGGGAGGAAACCGGAGUACCCGGAGAAAACCCAAAGUCCACACAGAAAUGCCCAAUGGAGAUUCCCGAUCUCCAGACUGUGACUGCGUGGCCAACAUGCUAACCACUAGACCACCAUGGGGCCCUGAAGCACAUGUCAAAAUGUCAAAAAAAACUUUGACUUGUCCAAACUUACUCAAAAAUUUAUAUCUCAUGCAUUUAUUGAAAAAAAUUAAGUAAAUAAGAGCAUUUUAAUGUAAAUCUUACAAUUGAGGUUUUAGUGCUGCUAUGAAAUAUAGCAAAAUGUCAUAUUUUAUUUCUUGAGGUUUUUCUUCAUAAACAGAAACAGAACAAGUGAUACUUUAUUUUAGUAGGCAAAUUGGUUGGAAAGUAACAACUUUCAUUUUUGCUUGCUAUGUCAAGCUUUCGGUGCCCCUUUCAGAAGAAUGACCCAUGUCAAAUAUGUUCUAUUGAUAAAAGAAUGGAAGAAACAUCAGGUACUCUUAAUACGCAUUUGGUAGAAAAUGUCAACUCAUACACAACGUUGUAUUCAUUUAUUACAGUCUUUCUUCAAAUAAAUGCAUACAGUACAUAAUUAGCAUAUUUUGGUUCCCAGGUAAAGAAUGUGUACAUUUAUUGCAGGGUUGUAUUGAGGGUAGUGAUAAUGUACCAAUGCCAUAUGGACAUUGUAAACUAAUGUCAUUAUAUUGCUUAUAUGGGAUAUAAGACUAUAGUAUGAUUGAAUAAAGCAUUUGUUUUUGUUGCAGUCCAAUGACUCCUCCUAUUUGCAUUUUUUUUUUAGAAAUGAGUGAAAAUAUAUCAGCAGUGGUGCUGGGACAUGCCAACUGCAAUCAUUUGGCCGUGACUGAAAUCUCACUGCAUGUUUGCAAACAUUUGUGGAUCGGGGCAGAUCAUCUUGUGAUUCAGUUAAAGAUGAAAUCAAUUUCAUUCCAUAAUUUUCAACAAACUAAAGUUAACCAACUUCCUUUUUAUUAUUAUGGCUGGCGGGGCCCUGCAAAGCUGCAUGUGUUCACCAGUGGGAACCAGAGGAGCCCAAAGGGAGGCUGACAUCAUUGCAGCGCCCCGGCAACAAUAACCAGUGAAAUGCUUUGCUGGGACGAAAUUCAUUAUGGUAAAAAUUUUAAAUAGUUGUUUUUCUUAAUUUUAAACUU